CGCCCUAUAUAAGGAGGGAGAGCAGACAGCAGAGGAGCUCAACCCUGAACGAGACACUCGUCAUGUGUGUGUGUCUGUUUGAAUUGUUAGACUGAAAAGUGUGACAAUAAACGCUAAGUUGGACCUGAUCUCUGUCCUGCCGUCCUCUGUGCUCCACCCACCAGUAUUGAACUACUACAGGACCAUUGGAGGAUUUCCUUGUUUUGCCAAGAUAUCAGAGGGUCGUGGAGCUGUAACCAAUGGUAACCCAGGAUGAUAUCGUGGUUAACUGUAGAAGUCACAAAAAGUGAAAUGAGUUCAGAAUGGAGAGCUCCUACUUGGAUGUGAACAGGAGUGGUUCUAGUUGUGACGAAACCAUCUCCUAUUGGUCCUCUGUUGAUGGUCCUGAUGCUGAGUGGACUCUGCAGAGGGGUUGUGGACAGGUUGAACUCCUGGAUGAUCAAACUGUCGAUGAAGUUCCCCUCCGCCCCAAGUCAACAAAUGCAGAUAACACAUUGGUCGAGGCUGGCAGUUUCAACAACACAGGUACUUUCAGUGAUUGUGAGUUAAAUUUUCUCACCAGACUCACCACGUCAGGAGCAGGCUCAGAGUUGUUGUUGCAAGUAGGGCGGACUGGACACUGUGUUAUAUGAUGGUUGGAACACCCACAAUAGAAGCAUAGCCCCUCAUCAUGACUUCUUUCUCAUUUAGAGCAUUUCAGCCUAGUUUGAGAAACCUCCAUGGGUGCGGAUGCAUUCGCUGACUGAACUGGUCUGGUGUCUUCCUUGAGAGAGGGUCGGCUGGAAAGUAGAUGAUCCAGUCAAAUGGCAAGGUGUCUGAGGGAGUCCAAAGUGAGAUGUUCAUCUCUACAAGCCAGGUCACUCAAUAUUUCGGGACGAAGACCUUGGCGAAACACUGCUUUCAGAGCUGGCUCAUUCCAUUCACUAGCGGCUGCAAGAGUUUGGAAAUCCAGUGCAUACUCGGCUACUCCCCUAACCCCUUGGAUGAUGACAUACUGCAGUAUCCUGUACCUGAAGCCAAAAAUGCAGAUCAUCCUUCAAGACCUGGAUGUGGAAACCCUUUAUUUCCCAGACACUCUAGCAAUGGUUCACAUGGACACAUACAAACCUGCUUGUUAUAAAAAGGGAACGAAAAUCAUAUUUGGCUUCAACACAAAGAGCAAAGAACAUUACGGAUUGAUGAUGUACCACAAUAACCGCCUCAUCAAAGCUUAUGAGCGUGUCCCCUGUCAGCGCAAGGCCAACAACACAGGAGAGGGAGUUAUUGGGGUGAUAGAAUGUGACUACCUCAAACCAACUCACAAUAAGCAGGACUUUGAUGAUACUGAAGAGUACAGGAACACCAUGACGAAUGUAAGUAAAAAGCUAAAGGAUUAUUGGAAAGACUAUUGUUAUGACUGGACUGGAACUGUUAAGGAUACUGUCGAGCGAAAACAGAAGCUGCAGCAGGAGAAUAGACGGCAUGUCAUGCAGAGCAGUAAUUCACCUUCUAAUAAUUUUUCAGCUCAGGACAACUCUCUCUCUACUUUUUCCAAAAGGAAGAAGAAAUCCCUAGACCUGAGUCAAGAGAACCCAGAGAAAAAGAAAGCUAGAGGAAAAGGUUUUGACAAAAACAUGUCAGAUAUAUCAACAUCUGCUAUGUUCAAGAAUGCUUGUGAUGCGAAUAAAGGAGAACACAAAGAUAUUAAAACAGCACCGAAGAAUGAAAGCAAGGAUGUGAUUGACAAGAGCAUGAUGAAAAAGGAGGAGAGCAAACAAAUCACACAGACCAGCUUUGAGGACCAGCAGAACUACAAAGCGCUGUAUGUGCAGGUCAUGGAGGCAAUAAAGCACCUCCAAGACAAGCUGAGAGAGCUGAAAAAAGAGCUAAAGAAAGAGGGAGUGGACCCCAAGAUGAACAGUCUAGAAUAUGAGAAGUGCACAUUGUUGAACUCCUGUGAGAGCCUGCAGAAAGAUUUAGAAGAAAUGAAGACAGAAAAUGUGGAGGUCAGUGUGGAAGAUUAUGCAGCACCUUCAAUAGAAACCUCCAACCCAGGAACAGGAAAAGAAUCACUGCUUCAGAUAUGGAAGGAUGAGACGCAGGAAAGAUCAGGGAACAAGAGAGGACACGAUGAUAAAAACAUGCCGUCACCUCUCAGGUUAAAAGAACUCAGACAAAGAGUGACAUGUCUCCUGGCCACCAUGAUCCCACCUCGAAAGCUUGAAUGGGUCAUCGAUGAGAUUCUCACACAGGUUAUGGAUGAGAUCUCCCCUAGAGGGGCAGCAGUGUUGACCAAAGGAGCAGAAUUUCAAGAACUUCCUUCAUCAUUCGAAGAAGGAAGAGAAGAAGAAAAUUGCUCAAUAUCUCCACAGCAUCCUUACAACAGCCAUCCCUCAUCAGUCACAGAUGUAUUCAUUCCUGAACUGGCUAAACACUGCGCUGACAGUGGUGCAUACAGAUUUUUAUGUUCUCAUGCUGGUCAGUUUCACUGUAAAUUGACCAACCUUGUAUUUGAGAUGAAAGGUAAAUGUGAAGUGCUGUACAAAAUAGUGCCCUGGGAUAACAGUCUGCUGCAGGGCAUGGAUCAGUUCCAUCCUGCAGGACCCCUGUACAACAUCGACUGCUCUAAAGGUUCAAUUCUUCAUCUGCAUCUCCCACACUGCGAGAUACAUACUGCUCCUUGCAGCACUGCAUAUGUUCCAGAUGAAAAUCAGAUUGAACUGUCCGUGGCACAUUUCAGCGAGGGUAAUGUGGAGAUCAUUCAGCCUCUGGAAGUGACAAAUACACAUGUGAUCAUCAAAGUCCAAAAUCUGUCCCCCUUUGGCCUGCUUAAAAAAUGGUUCUUUCCGGAAAUGCCCAUCAGUGCCCAAGUUCUACUCUUCUCCGAAAAAAUGGAAGCAGUGAAAAAACUACACAUUCACCUCUUGCCAAACAAUGUGCCAGUUAAAGAGGUGCAGAAUCAACAUGAGGGUGACACAUACAUUAAGUGUAGCUCCAAAUGUCAACUGACCCCUGGUGAAAAAUACAGACCACUCUGUGAGCCUUAUGUAUCUCAGCCAAAGGUUCAGACAUUUAGCUGUGACUUUGGCCCCAACUAUCACCCCAUAUUUGAAGUGAUCCUUGAUCCCAAGGUUAAAGACCUCACAUUGAGUAUUUUAGAUGAAAUUGGCCAGGAGGUGUGGGAGCCUCGUCGGGUCUUUCUACCAGCUGCUAGUCGAGAAGCAGUUCCAGUCAGAAUAGAUCAAGGUGCUGAAUUUGUAGAUAAACACAGAGACACACUCAUACAGAAAGUUUCAUCAGUAAUGGAAAUAGCAGAUACUUUACUCACCAAGAAUAUCAUCAGGAAAGAAAACUACAGUGAAAUCUUUAAUGCAUCAACAUCACAGGAAAAAAUGAGGAUAUUGUACAGAUGUCUUGACUCAGGAGGAAUGGAAACGAAAGCAGAGUUCUACAGACUCGUAAAGAAGAAGGAGCCUUUUCUAGUUCAUGACCUGGAAUCUAGAUCAAAUAAUGCAUAGAUGAUCCUCAAAGGAGACUUUUACACUCUGAAAUGUGAAUCAAAGUUAAGAUCCCAGUAGUGGUUAGUACAAGCACAUACUCAUUUCCUGCAUAAACAUAGAAUUCUGCAGAACACAAGCACAUAUUUCUUUGCAUAUUUUUAAUCAAUAUUUUUAGAUAAUGAAGAUAGACAAAGGCAUAGCCUAUGUUACAUCAAAAUCAACUACCCAAACAUUUUUACCAACCCCUUCCUUGACUUGGUGCUUUAUAUUUUGUACUUUUUCUGAAAAACAAAUUUGGGUGCAUUUAUGAACUCUUAAUUGAUAUGUACAGCUACUCUAUAUCUAGACAAUCUAGAGAGCCUAAAUAAAUAAAAUAUCUACAGUUAAUUACAGGUUUAAGAAUUUUGUUGAUUAUCUCCGUUAUAUUUUAAUCUAUAAAUAUUUCCAGUGAAAUGGGUGAUAAAUGUAGAAGAGACAGGACCAGUAAAAUGUUUGGACACACCUACUCAUUUAGGCAGCUGGGCCAUAGAAGGUUCACGCUGCAUGCUGCACGCUACACGCAUGUAAAGAAAAGUGGACAAACGUAGCAUGACUUGCUGCACGCUGCACACUUCACGCGUGAAGCGAGAAAUGAACAUGCACACUUUUUUUCUAGGCGUGAAGAUGGAAAUUCCAGUCAAUGCAUGCGGUCACCGCCGCGCCAGCCAAUCAGAACGGGUCUACGGAGAUAACUCUAUGCUUUCAGGGGAAAACUUCAGAAAAAAUAUAAUUGAAUGGUAUAAUUGAAAAAUAGUUCUUCAUCGGGAUUGUCAAGCAGAUUAUAGAAUGUUCGGUGAAAUUCACCACGGGUUUCUCUCAGAAGGAAGUGUUCUCGGCUCCAAAUUCUGUUCCUUUUUCUCUUCCUCUGUCUCAGUAAAAGCAGAAUGAGGCAAUCGUCGUCAUCCGAAGAGUCCAUAUUGUUGGUUACUCGGUCAAAGUAGAACAGACGCAACACGUGAACAUCCAAGCAUGAAGUUUAAUGGCCCAGGGUCCGGUUCUUCACGUGAACGUGUAGCGUGCAGCAUGCAGCGUGAACCUUCUAUGGCCCAGCAGCCUUACAGGUGUCAGGACGCGGUGAGAGGCGGAUGUGCAGAAUUAUAUUUAUUCAGAUUGUGCAAGCACACACACACACACACACACACACACACACACACACACACACACACACACACAGGCAAACAGUCCAAUUUGGCAGACAGACUCAUAAACAUGAAACCAAGCGAAAGGUCGGGCGAGGCACAAACAGGAUAUCAUAUGCAUGAGAAAACAGGAACAAGGAACCGGAAACCCAAGAAAUAAGGCUCGAUAAUGCCUAUUAACGUCACGUAAAACUUUGCCCCAGGUGUGCGUCUAAGCACAUAUUGCUCCUCAAUCAUGUGCAGGUGUGUGUCGUUAACAGAACGUGUGCGAGAGGUCACUUGACACGUGCGCUUUCCAGAACGCGCCAGAGAGUUCUUCAGGUGUGCGCGCCAAAGAGCGCCGGAGUGACAAUAAUUUAGUCACAAUCCAGAAAUUUUUCUACAUUGUAGAACAAAACUAUGAAAAAACAUGGAACGUAUAUGGAGUUAUGUGAUAAAUAAAAGUCCCAAUACGUUUCGUGUUUUAGAUUCUUCCAAGUAGCCACCGUUUACCUUGAUGCUUUGCACACUACUGGCAUUAUCUUAACCAGCUUCAUGAGGUAGUCACCUGGAAUGCUUUUCAGUUCACAAGUGUGCCUCCUCAAAAGUUAAUUAGUGGAAUUUCUUGCCUUCUGAAUACAUUUGAGAUCAAACUGUAAAUAGUAAACAAAUAUACAGAAAAAACUUUUUUAUUAUUGUUAUGUUUUGUCCAUGUUUGUUGUGCUUUUAUAAUAAAUAAAAAUGUAACCAGUGUAAGUUUGAUGCAUGUAACAGUUUCCUUGUAUUUGGCCUGGAGGUGUGUAUACUGAUCCUACUGCAUCUUGUGUUUGCUCAUCUUCAGCAUCUUUUUUGCUUCUCUGAUAGGAUCAAGGUGAAGGUGGUAACAUGUAUAAUUUAAUAUGCACCUCAUUUUGCCAGUGUAGCAUCUGAAUUUUCAACAGAUUGCAGAGGGUAGAAUUCAUUGCCUGGCUUUUUUUUGCUUUUGCUUUUUUCAAAUAUAGGUGCCACUGGCACUAAUGUGUCAGUUAACUCAGUUUUGUAACAAUAUAUACACAACCCCUGAUAAUAUAUGAAUAAAAUAUUUUAUUCUCUGUG